AUGGUCGCACUGAAGCCGGGUGACCGUUACACUCCUCAACCGCCUCUGCCGCCACCAAGACUGGGAAAAACUCAACGGGGCUGGACAGCUCUGCACAAGUACUGCUAGGCCCCGAACUGCUCCAACACUGCCGGCCUACUGGGAGCCGACAGCCGCCCAUUGAGGUUCUACAGGGGCUCACAAUAGUUCCCGGUGAAGGACGGCCUCCUGCUGCAGUCCUGGCUGCAAUACAUAGGUCAUCAGCUCCUGUGCAGCGAGUACUUCAUACCUUCCUCCAUCCAGUGGCACUGGGGUGUGUGCUACCUGCAGCCAGAUUCUCUGCCCUCCAUCUUCUCUGGGCACAUCUGCCAAUGUCUGGACUUACCUCAGAGACAGUGUAGUCCCCAAAGCAACUAGAAGCCAGUUGUGCCUCCAUAGGAGGCCACACCCCUGUCUCCUGGCCCAGACAUCCUGGCACGUGGCCCUGAACACCUGGUGUGCUGGGGCCAGCAUCAGGAGACAGAUGCUGGGGCUGCAGCCACCCUGUUCCUGACACCCCCUCUGCCCACAGUAUUUUGCUGGCUUCACCCUUAAGUCCCCUCCCAGUACCCGCAGGCUGAACUGGGCCCGGCACUGGGAGCACUGCUUCAGAGGCUGCAGAGGGUGCAGCAGUGUCAAGAGCACAACCAGGCAACAGGCACAGCUGCACAAGGAACGCUUGCUGCGAAGAGAACCCAGGCCUCCACCAUCAUCUGUGGAGAGCCUGACAUAACUGUGGUCCUUGCCCAAGGUCCUAUACUGCCCACACUGCAUGCCAAGCCUGAGCUCCUGGACACUCAGAUCCCCAGUGCAUAAGGACCAGGACAGAUGGCAGAA